UAAGUUGGUCAGCUUGUUUAGUAUGUAAAAUUGACACAGUGUCACACAAAUACAUUAACUCUUGCAUGUCGUGUAGUAUGUAAGUUAUCAUGAAUUAUCAAUCAUUUACCGUGGUUAAUUGUCAUUGACAAUUAACGAAAUUCGUAGAUGAAUUUUGUUCUCGUUUGUACCAAUGUUUUGCAUACGUGGCAGAAGCUGCCACCAAUCAGAAAACGGGUGUUUUGAUAGGCGUGGCUUCGAACACGUAUACUUAUCUGUACGUCCGGCCGCCAUAAUCUUGAGAAGUCGUGUGUGAAUUCUUGUCGUGAUUCUCUGUAGACAAACAUUACGUUGUUCAUUUCACAUUCCUUAGUGGAAGCAAUCGACUGAUUUUUGGUGAGAAGUACAGAAGUAUAUAUGUAAAAUGGAUGUUCAAACAGGAUUGGUAUAUGUAGCAGUAGUAGUUAUCUCUGCAGCAGUUAUUGUUUUAGUAUCAAUGUUUGGUAUAAAAGAAAAGUCUUAUGAAGAGGCAAUAGCAGAGCAAAGAAAACUUCCUGAUGAUCUUUUAUUAAGUAAAAAGGAUAAAAGUAAAGAAAAAAAACAUAAAAAUAAGGCAGGAAAAAAAGUAAAAGAAAAGAAAGAAGAAAAGGAAGAAAAGGAGGAUAAAGAAGAAAAAGAACAUGUUCAGUUUGAAGAAAAUCCUCAAAUAUUACCAUUAGAACCAUUAAUACGAGAGGGUAGCAAAGGAAGUAAGAAGAAAAGCAAGCAUGAAAAGGUAAAGCCAAUUCUUGUAAAUAAAGAUGAGCCAUUGGUCAUUGUGACUGAAUUAAGUUCUUCACAACCUCUUUCGGCUGAGGCUAAUCAUUUUGACCUCAUUCAACCAAAGGAUGACCUCGAACUCAUACGGAGUCAUAGUAAAGAGAAUUUGCAACAAAUUGGUCAAUCUGAAUCAGUUGUAAAUAAAUCUCCAAAGGAAACUCCAACAAAAUCAAAAAAAAGUAUAAGAGAAUCAAUAAAAAAAAAGGAUGAAAAUAUUAAAGAAGAAAAAAAAGAAACAAUUACUAAUAUUAAUAUACCACCAGUUCUUAAUAAAGAUUCUAUAAAAGACAUUAAAGAACAAAAAGAAAUUUCAAUUAAAGAAGCAAAAGAAUUCAUGAAAGAUGUUAUACCCUUUACUCAAUCAAUGAACAAGGAAUCUAAAAAAGCAAAGAAAAAAAAUGAUAUUUUAGCACAAAUUGGUGGAGAUAAAGAUGCUGUUAAUGUUUCUUUAUUAAUGCCUUUGGUUCAAAAAGCUGAACUUAGUCGUUCUGAAAUACAAAUUCUCAUUGAUCAACUUUUAAAUAAGCAAAUGGAUAAUCCUUCAGAACAUUCAGAAUGGACAGAAGGUCGUGCAGAUCCAGUUAUUAAAUUAAAAAAACAAUUGGCAGAAAAAGAAAAGGCUUUAGCUGAUGAACACGAAGCAAAUAUUGCAUUUCAAAAUAAACUGAAAGAAUUAAGAGCUGAAUUGAAUUCUGAAAGGUCUAGAUUAUCAGCUAAUGUAAGACAAUUAGAAGAAGCAUUAAAUGCUAAAUGUACAGAAACUCAAACAUUGCACACUCGUAUGCAACAUAUUUUGGAAAGUCAUGCUGCUGAAAAGCAAGGAUUUACUAGACAGAUCGAACAAUUGCAAACAAAAGUAAAUGAAAAUGCUGCAAUUAUUCAUAAAAUGCAAGAAGAUCAAGGACAAACUCAAGGUCAUUUACAACAAGAAUUGAUAGCACAACGUAAACAAAUGGAAGUUCAGUUUGCACAAAUGCGUGAAAAUGAAAAUGCAUUAAAAGCACAAUUAGCUCAAAAGCAUGUAGAAGUACAAGAAUUACAAAGUGAGUUACAAGCAACUUGUGAGAGUAGUACUGCUGAAAUAGAAAUGUUACGACAACAAUUAGGGCUUAUGCAAGGUCAAUUAAUGCAUUCAGAAGGACAACUGCAACAUUUUAAAGAAGCUGGAGAUAGAUUGCAAGAUGUUGCUAGACAACUUGAGGAAUCCCAUCGUGCACAUGCUGAUUUAGAUCAUAGAUUAAAGAAUGCUCAUCGUCAUGAACAAGAACUUCAGAAACAAGUAAACUCAUUACAAAGCGAAUUAAAUGCUGUAAAAGCAGAAGCUAAUGAUGCUUCAGUAUUAAAAACAGAAUUAAAUAAAACUCAAUCUGAAUUAAUGAAAUUAAAAUCUGAGUUAUCACAUUCAAUGAAUGAAGCGAAAUUUGAGGCAGCUGAAAUUACAGCUCUUAAAAUGACACUUGUUAACAAAGAAGAGGAGUUAAAAAUAUCUCAAGAAGAACUUGUUAACAAAGAAGAAGAGUUGAAAACAUCUCAAGAACAACUUAACAAUGUACAAACUGAAUUAAAACAAUCAACAGAAAAUAUAACACAGUUGGAAAUACAACUAGAUACAGUACAGAAGAAUUUAGAUACUGUAAAAGACAAAUUUGACAAGACCACAGAAAAUUUGAAAAAAGCUCAAAGUGACAUUAAUACUUAUCAAUUAAAUAUGGAAAAGUUAGAGGAAGAAUUAAAACAAACUCGAAAUGAAUUAGAAAAAACACAUGGUGAACUCAAAACUGUAAAUGAAACAAUGCAUGAAAUGAAAACAUUGAAAGUUGAGGUAAAUAGAUUACAAAAUAAUGAAAAGCAAUUAAAUGAAACGCAAUUGCAACUUACACGAUUGCAAGAAGAAAAUAAUACACUUUCUAUGCAGCUCACAAAUCUUGCAGACUUACAAAAACAACUUAAACAAUUACAAGAAGAAAAUGAAUCAUUAGCUUCUCAAUUAGCAGCAACUACUGAACGUCCAGCUGCAGAAGGCCGAGAAAAUGGAAUUGAUGAUAAUGUUCAAAAAAGCAUACAAUUUGUAGAACAAACUAAUUUGUUGGCCCAAAAAGAAAGUCAAUUAAAUGAAUUAAGGACUGAAUUAACACAUAAAGAAACAGAACUCAAUCAAUUAAAUGCACAAGUUGAUGCAUUACGAAGUGAUAUAAAUAAUCAAUAUAGUCUUGUGGCAAGUUUAAAUAAUGAUUUAGAAACACAAAGAUCCAAAAAUAAUGAAUUGCGUAUUAAAAACUGGAAAGUGAUGGAAGCUCUUUCUGCUGCUGAAUUGCGUGUUAAAUGUAAUAAUGGGAGUAACUUUGAUGAAAUUACACAAAAAUUAAAAAUUGAACAAGAAGAAUUAACAAAAACUUUAUUACAAAGGAUAUUUCCUGAAAUAAAAAUAUCUGAAAAGUCAUAUGAUCAAUGGAUCAAAAUUUAUGAACAAAAAGUGAAUAUAGUUUUAACUGAAUUGAAAAAGAAAAGUACAGUUGAUACUUAUUCAGAAUUAGAAAAACAAAAUAAAAAUUUGCAAGAUAUGGUUUCACAUUACAAACAAAUUAUUGAUGAUACAGAAGGUAUGCUCAAUAAGCUUCAAAGUCAUGUAGAAUCAGAAGAAACAAGAUGGAUGUCUCAACUUCGACAAAAAGAAAAUGAGAUAACAAGUCUUAGGAUUAAAUUGAAUGAUCUUUUGAAUAAAUUAAAUAUACACGAAAAUUUACAAGAUAAAGUAGUAGAAUUGGAAACCAGAUUAAAAGAUGCUGAAUUUUUUAAAGAACAAACUAAUGCCGAAUUAUUGGCACUUAGAUCUACACCAAAAUUGAAUGAAACAAACACUCAGGAUCUAGGUACAUUAGAAAAACUUCAAGAGGAAAAAGCACGAUUAUCAGAAGAACUUCUAAUAGAAUGUAAUAAAAGAGCAACAGUAGAAGUAGAAUUGGAGAAAUUACAGUGUGUCAUUACACAACUUCAUCAAAAAAUGUCACAACUUAAGAGUGAAGUUCAUGGUGGUUGUAGCAGUUCAGAACAACCAACAUUAAAUGGGCCACCUACUUCUGAAUGCUCUAAUUCUGAGCCCCCACUAGCAACACAGACUCUGAUAGCUGCAUUAGAAAAUAUUCUUCUCAAGAAUACAGAGUUCGCAAAUUGUUCCAUAAUCAAGCCCAUCAAUUUGGUUCAGUCUCAACAAGAAAUUGACAACAGCCCCCUUACUACAAAAUACUCCUCCAAAUCUUGUCAUAUGACAGAUCACAACACACAGGCUAGCUGGAAUCCAUUGAUGAGCCAGCAGCAUAAAAAGCACAAGAAAAAAAGGAAGUCCACUAAGAAAUCCAUGGCAAAACGGCGCAGAUUCGCAGGGUGGUUCAAGAAAAAAAUAACUUCAAAGAACAAGCUGCGUUAAUGCAGCAUAAUUGAUCGAGACAAUUGAUAAAGGAAAUAUAUGUAAAAUUAAAAACUUCAACAUUACAUAAAUAUCAAUGGAAAACUUGACCAUUGAGAAGACUAACAUAAUAAUGAAAA